CCCUGGGAUCAUGAUGUGAGCCAAAACCAAGAGUCAGACACUCAACCAACUGAGCUGCCCAGGCAACCCUGAACUUGACUUUUUUAAGUUGAAGAUUGAAGACAAUGAAGAUGAAUAUAAGUACAAUUCCACAAUUUGGCUUUGGAAAACAAGGAAACUCGAGUAAAACACAUCUAAGAUUGUAUUUGUCUCCUAGAAAGGAAGCAACUUAGAUUGUGGUGGGAGAAUGGUGAGCUGACAAAGUUGAAGCUAAGAAAUUGGCAAACAACCUGGGCCUACUAUUAUUCCAGAAGAUUGUAUACGUUUGGACCUGUAUACAUAUAAGCAUAAACGUAAAAGUCUUAUCAGAUUUAAAAGGAACCUCAAGAAUACAUUUGCUUCAGUUCCUUACCCUACAACAGGAAUGAAACCAAAGAGCUUCUGUAUGCGCUGCAUGAUGAGGAGCCGUGAAUGUUGCUCUGCAGCUUGUUCAAAGAGCUCCCUCUCGUUGUGGAGAUGGUUGGUCCAGUACCACUGCUGCAGAGAGGUGAGAGGGGAGCAGCACUGUGCCAAACAGCAGGACACUAGGACAGCCACUGUUGCCAACGUGAUCAGAAUCCAGCCCAGCAUCUUCACGUAAUUAUUUAAAAGAAAAACAGAAAACAUCAAUAUAGCGAAUAUUCGAGGAACAGCCAUAGCAAGGGGGAUGUCUACAAAACUGAGAAGCAAACUGGAGAACAAAGAUCUCUUUGUCCUCACCUAUGGAGCUCUGGUUGCCCAACUGUGUAAAGAUUAUGAAAAAGAUGAAGAUGUGAAUAAAUAUUUAGAUAAAAUGGGAUACAGCAUUGGAACACGGCUAGUGGAAGAUUUUUUGGCUCGAUCUUGUGUAAGAAGAUGCCACAGUUAUUCAGAAAUUACAGACAUAAUUGCCCAGGUUGCCUUUAAGAUGUACCUGGGAAUUACACCAAGUGUGACCUGUAACAAUCCAAGCAGGACUGAAUUUUCCCUGAUCCUAGACAAGAAUCCCCUGGCAGAGUUUGUGGAAGAGCUCCCUGCCGGGCGAUCCUCUCUGUGCUACUGCAAUUUACUCUGUGGGAUUAUCAGAGGUGCCCUGGAAAUGGUUCAUUUGGCUGCUGAUGUAACAUUCUUGCAAGACAGACUGAAAGGCGACCGUGUGACAGAAAUAGGAAUAACAUUUCUGAAAAAGCUAGAUGAGAAAAAAUACAGACGGAAAAAAUGAAGAAUUGCAUGCAAAAUGCCACAGGGUGGCCAGCUGAGGAGUUAAUAUUAUCUAAACAUAUAUAGCCAUAGAAAUUUUGAAUUAGCUUUAAAAGGCUUCUGUAUAUCAGGGGUCACCUGUGUGGCUCAGUUGGUUGAGCAUCUGGC